CUUGCAACGAGGGUUGAAAUCUCUGGAGCUAAAGUCCACAGAGAGACUCGUGUCUCUGAUGAUACUCUCUUGCGCCAUGUUCCCAUGCGUGGUCACCGUGGACGCGUACUUCAAUCCGAGACCUUACUUCCUCACAUCCCUCGUCGUCGGAGAUAACUUUCUGCUCAAACUGACCCUUCUGUUCGGACAAAUGUGGAUCUACAGUUGCGAAAAUAGCGUUGUGGUCGCUCAUGCUGUUACUUUCAUCACUUUCAGCACUGCGACACAUGCAAUUCUCUUUGACAUGAGGCCAAACCGGAAGAAUUAUCAGACAUACAAUUCCCUCCGACGCCCACGGGAUUUGGUUCUUUGCUAUAAAGGAUUUGCAUAUCUGGUGACCAUUUUCAACGAAAUAUAUCGAGAUGUCGCAAUGCCUGCUAACAAUGUAUUCACUUUGGUCACCGUCUUGAGUAAUUUUGCCAUCAUUCGAAACGCCCACGACCAUUCCGCCUACUUCACGGUUGUAUUUUGUGCUCUUUCACUGUUUUCCGGAUUUGCGUGGUCUACAAUUCUAACAUUCUCGUCCAAAUUGAGUGUUAUCUCUAACGGGACUAUUAAUUCAUGGAAGUAUUUUCAACUGAAAAACGCAUCGGAUGCCAAGUAUUUGUCCAAAAUAAGGAAGUCUUGUCGACCAAUGCGUUUAGCUUGUGGGGGAUUUUAUUACAUUGAUCCCAUUCGUGUGUUUCGGUUUGCUCACAGUAUUCUUUGGGGAACGCUGCGAAUUAAAUUGCUACUUAAGUAGAACUAUAUAUGCAAAUAUGCAUGCAAAAAAAUCUGCACAUUGCGUCCAUCAUGUCAAAUAUUGCAACAAAGCGAGAGUGAGCAGUGGUGGAGUUUCGUGUGC